ACAUCACUGUACUUUCUACUAUAAUAGGAAGUGCUCACUACGCAAGUAUUUUAGUCGAGCUGUCAAUAAUACUUGCAAAGAAGUAAAUAUAAUAAAUUAUCAAAAGAAAGGAAAAUUUAGCUUAACUCUAUCAUAAGUAAUACAUUUUUUUUUAUUAAAACAAUAUGGAUUUAUCAAAACUUACAAAUGAAAGAAAAUUAUAUCUUUGCCGAUGGUAUUUUCGUGCUGGAUUUGCAUUGCUUCCAUUUCUUUGGGCUGUUAAUGCAAUUUGGUUUAUACGAGAGGCUUUUAUCGUACCGCCUUAUGAGGAACAAAAACAGAUUAAAAGAUAUGUAAUAUUUUCUGGCAUUGGAGCUAUCUUAUGGAUGAUUGCCCUUGUUGCAUGGAUCGUAAUAUUUCAAACACAAAGAGCUGCCUGGGGAGAAUUUGCAGAUCAUAUUAGUUAUAUCAUCCCUAUUGGUGUUCCUUGAUAACUCAUAAUAUUUAAAUAAUUUAUUAUUGUAUUUAUCUAAAAAAAAAAAUUGCUACUUAUUAUAAUUAUAACUACUUUUUUACAUAUGUUAAAAAUAACUACGUUUUCAUACGUAUAUAUAAAACUCAAUUAAUGUAAAAAUAUAUCAUUUAUUUAACAAUAAUAAUUAAUAUUUAAAUUAAAAUUGAGUAAUUUUGUUAGUAUAUACAUAGUUAAUCCAUUUGUAUUUGUAAAAAAGUUCUUAUAUCUUAAUCUUAAGAUACAUUUCACUUAUACAGUCCUUCGUCGCUGUCCAUACAAUUGUAUAUCUUUAUAAACUAAUCUGGACAAAAAC